UGGUCACACAAUGUGACAGUCCAGACAUGGCUGGAAACGGGAGGCAGCUCCGUUUAACCGAGCCCCAUCUCCGACUCCAAGCCGCCUCCAAAAACUAACAACAAAAGGAAAACUUUUCUCUGCGCAAGUUAACGGGCCCGGGACAAACAGCCACACCGGAGAAGUUUGUGCAUGAAAGAGUUUGAGAGGCAGUGUUAAAAAAAAAAAACCAGUUGAGAGAGAGAGAGAAGCGACAGGUUGCGGGUUUGGGAUCAGGGAGACAGAGGGAGUGUCGCUGCAGCCGCGGGAGGUCUACACGCUUUUCAACGCACUCAAAUGAUGGCACCAAUGCUGGCACAUGGAUUUGCUUUCCCUAUUUAAGUAUGGCAUCUCCGGUCUAAAGGUGUCAUACAUAUUGUGAACCCUAGUCGAUGGAUUUAUUACCUUUAAUAGAAGAACAUUUUACCUGUACUUUCUCCAUAGGCUAGAAAUCUUGAAGCAUGGGCGACUGGAGCUUUCUGGGGCGGCUGCUGGAGAACGCUCAGGAGCACUCAACGGUCAUCGGCAAAGUCUGGCUGACUGUCCUCUUCAUCUUCAGGAUCCUGGUGCUGGGGGCCGCGGCCGAAGAGGUCUGGGGCGACGAGCAGUCCGACUUCACCUGUAACACCCAGCAGCCCGGUUGCGAGAACGUCUGCUACGACGAGGCCUUCCCCAUCUCGCACAUUCGCUUCUGGGUGCUGCAGAUCAUCUUCGUGUCCACGCCAACGCUCAUCUACCUGGGCCACGUGCUUCACAUAGUCCGCAUGGAGGAGAAGCGGAAAGAGAAGGAGGAGGAGACGCGCAAAGGAAACAAGUUCCAACAGGAGAAAGAACUCCUUUAUAGAAAUGGGGAGGAGGAGGAGGAGGAGGAGGAGGAGGAGGAGGCGGCAAGACAGAAGCCGCCAAUCAGGGACGAGCAUGGCAAAAUCCGUAUCAGAGGCGCAUUGCUGCGUACCUAUGUGUUCAACAUUAUUUUCAAGACCCUGUUUGAAGUGGGAUUCAUUUUGGGCCAGUAUUUCCUCUAUGGCUUCCAGCUGAGGCCCCUGUACAAGUGUGCACGUUGGCCCUGCCCCAACACCGUUGACUGCUUCAUAUCGAGGCCCACUGAAAAGACUAUUUUUAUUAUAUUUAUGCUUGUGGUGGCUUGCGUGUCUCUUUUGCUGAAUUUGUUAGAGAUCUAUCACCUUGGAUGGAAGAAAGUUAAACAGGGCAUGACAAACGAGUUUGCCCCUGACCACGAGUCGCUGCGCCGCGUCAACAUUGCAGCGCCUAAGUGUUUGGCCUUGGCCUCCAGAACUGCCCCCUCCAGCCUCAGCUACCCUCCCAAAUACACGGAUGUGACGGCGGGCAGCGGGGCAUUCCUGCCGCCAGUGGGGCCGGCAGCCGUGCCCUCAGCGGCAGAGUUCAAGAUGGACGAACUCCAGCAGGAGUCCCGCCGCCAGCCCUCCCCCUCUUCCCACUACUACAUCAGCAACAACAACAACCACAGGCUGGCCACGCAGCAGAACUGGGCCAACCUGGCCACCGAGCAGCAGACUCUGGAGAUGAAGGCCACCUCCCCCUCCCCAUCCUCCUCUUCCUCCACCACCACCGACAAGGAGCAGCAGCAAUCCGUCGAUGCUGCGCUGCUCCCUCCAGCCAGCAACACCACCAGCAACACCAACAUCGACAACUCAACCGCUACUGCCGCCUCCAGCAGCAGCGGCAGCAGCCCCGGCACUGCAUCCAACGCAGGCAGCUGGAGCGGGGGGAAGAGCGAGCAGGAGGAAUGCUACGUCACCACCACUGUGGAGAUGCACGAGCCUCCAGUAACGGUCAGCACAGACCCUCGGCGGCUCAGUCGGGCCAGCAAGAGCAGCAGCAGCAGGGCCAGGCCGAGCGACCUGGCUGUCUAAAUCUCUUCAGCCCUUUCAUGUCCCCUAAACACCCCGCUUCCCCAAACCCAACCCCCAAAUACAGUGAUUCUCAGACAAAGAAAUCUCACACAUGCAUAAAGCAAUAAAAACACCAAAAAAAACUAAACUAAAAAUUAGAAAAACAAAAGAAGGCAAAGUGACAAGAGACAGGGAAGCAGACAAAAGGUUUAAGCAAAUGUGAAAUGACUUGACCAGCAGCAGUCGUUGAUUUAGUGCAAUCGGUGAGUUGCAGAGUAGGUUUGUUCUCUUCGGAUGGUCUUAAUUUAUGCACAUUAAAUGUGAUCAUGCAGUGCUAUGAAGUCAGAAGGCUCCGCUCACAGCAGCGAAGGACAUUGUGAUGUCAUAAUUUUGCAUCAAAAUGGACACAUCUCACCAACGUGUUUGGUUUGGGGGGAAGAUCUCAUGCUGUUACUGUUUGUUGAGCCUAAAGGACAAAUUAUUACAAAUGAAAAUGCUCAUUUGUCGAAAAACAAUGACUGGAUUUUUAUUAAUUUUUUAUCUGGAAGAAGCACAGGUCGCUGGCAUUGUUGUACAGAUCAGUUAUUCCACGUGUUGCCAGACAAUUCGCUUAUAAAGCUUAAUUUUCAUCUGUUUUCACAGGUCCUUUGACCUGGAAGGUCUUUUGCUCAACCAGGAAGAGAUUUCACCAACAAUCAUUUCCUGUAUUGUGUUCGCCUACAACUCACCGAUUCAUUGACAAAUUUGCAUGGCAAAGCUGGCUAGCUUGGUUUUUACCCAUGAUCCAUUGCAGCGCUUCCUGCGGAGACAAUAAAUAUUGUAAUUGAGAUGGAUAGUAAUGGUCUGGUGUGAUAUUCCCACGUUCCUCAGAGUAGUGUGGAUGGGGUUAUGGGUCAAAACUGCUGGUAGAAGUCAUCCCUGUGAUGCCCAGAAUGCACCUGGGUCUCUACGAGCGCUACACUGUCAAUAACAUAGAGAUGAAAACGUUGCUGUUAGUUUACAAGAGGCAAAUAGAGUCCUUUACGCCUGCCUCUGCUCUCCACACACGCACAAAUGACAAGAUAUAGCCUUAUGCAAAUACGUGGCAGCCAGCAUCUGAUAUAUAGAAACACAAUAUUCUCCUCGUUCAUUCAGACAAUAGCUCUUUGGUUAGACUUUAAACUGCUAUCUUCUUUACGACCUUACGACCCCCCUCUUUAAUCAUCACACCUCAAGAUUGAGAGCAACUUUGGGAGUUCAAUAUUUCCCCCUGUCACACACUUCACGUGCUUCUUCAUUGGUUUUAUUCUGAAAAGUGCUAUUUUUUCUUAAUUGAAUUUUACUCAUAAAUUGCAUACUUGUCGUAGUCAUUUUGUGAUUGCGAAGACAAAAUAACUCGGCGAGUAUCAAAGCGCCUCGGUGCAGUCGGCCUUGGCGGCUUCUAUUUUGUUGUGUUCAUCUUAAUUCUUAGAGAUCUUUAGAGAAACUUUUAACUGAAUUCCUCAGCAGCCACAGUCCUCUGUCUCUGUUGUGUUACUGUUGGUUCAUUCACAACCCAGGGCACUCACGUUCAAAAAACAUUUCAGCUUUACAGCAACCUUAAUCCGCCGUGUGACCCUGUGAGUUCACCUUGAGAGUGCAACGUCAACUUCUCUGCAUUGAACACACUGCACUCACAGGGCAUAACAAUGCGAUUAAGUACCAAUAUGUUUGUGCAGGUUAAUACACUGGAGAAGGAGCAAAAUGGUUUUAUUUUUCAUAUUUAGGGGGGCGGGGCUUACAAAAAGAUGGUACAGUAUGCUGUAAGAGUAUCUGUACCCAUAUAGGUAUCAUGUCUAUCUUACUUAAGUUGCUUAAAUGACAUUUAGUGCAAACAGAAACACAAAGAGGAGAAUAAACACCUACACCACGCACAAGAAAAAGCAGCCUUUCCCAAUCCAUGUUUCUUGUUCAAAAUGACAAAAAAAAAAAAAAAAAUCUGUUAUCUGCAUUUGUUUUUGAUCCCUAAAGUUUACAUUUUGGUAGUUGAUAAAGAUUUGCACAUUUAGGAAAAGAAAAAUUGCUGUUCUACAAUAUUGGUAGUAGUAGAGAGAGAGAGAGAGAGCGAGAGAGAGCGUGACUAGAAAACUGCUAUGAUCCUCAAAGGAAAGAAACUAAACUAAAACGCAGUGGCUCUUCAUAGAAAAGGCAGUAUUAACAAAAACACUUAUUUAUCUCCAGCUCAGAAAAUGAUGAGUCUGAAGAUAAAAACAAACAACAACAGCGAGGGAGAGAAUAAACAGCUGUUUCUCUGUGUGUUCAGUGUGUUCUCACACAGCUCGGGACUCUGGAUACACGUCACAUCAGAGAAAACGUUAGUGGGCCCUUCCCUGAGCCUGCAUACAAAGCCCCUGAUGUUGUGUUCAAAGCCUGUCGUGCUCGUGACUCCUCCCAAACUCUCUCCUCUUACGUUUCAUGCAGAGCAUGAUUUUUCUGGCUCGUCAGGGAGUAAAGGAACCAUCUCACAAUGCUCAGAACAGCAACCUGUUUUCAAUGCUGUCUUAAACAAGAGAAGUGCCUUGUGUAUGAAUGAUUCUUUUGUAAGAACAAGUUGAUGUAAAUGUUCAUUUACCUCAAAUGUUUACAAAACUGUUACUAAAUAAAUUUUUUGUACCAUA